AUGGGCAAUUCAUCUCCCACUGAAGCAGCCCCGGCUUACGAGGAUCUAUUCCAUGAGCGCCCUGGUGGCGGUCGCGCUGGUUAUGCCAUGGUCGGUCAAAUCGACGACACAGCGGAUGUAGACGUUGAGCAAGCCCAUCAACAUCAGCAUACCGGAGAUCCCUCUUCGAUCCCCCUGUCAACACAGGAUAAUCAGCAUGCUCACUGUGCUGAAUGUGAUCGCCAACGAGAGCGAAGGGAGAGACGCGAGAGUGCGCAGAAGUCUUGUGGCAUUGUCUCGAGGACGUUUAUUCUUAUUUUCUUGUUCUUGAUGAUAUUGGGGGUUGUUGCUAUUCAGGCGUGGAAGGAGGUAAAAAUUAGGGAUGACUGA